AUGCCAACCGCUUACCUUCCGGCUCUAUGGCCAGGAGCGGAGCAUAUUCUGGUGUUGGUGGCCUUCUGUUUUCCGCCGUUCUUCAUCCUGGUCACAACCGUCGUUCUACUGGCUUCAUUUGGCAAAUCUUUUGGAAUGCGAGAGCGAUAUGUGGCAGUCUUAUUGAGAAUCUUUGAAGUAAGCUUUUGUUUUUGCUUUUUUAUUGGUUUAGGUAUACAAAAAUUGGCUUUUUCGUUGAAAACACCCAAAGGUUUUGCCAGUUUUGAUGGCUUAGAUGUAAAAUACGUUCGCAACUCUGUUACAAAAUAAAAAAUUUCAUUUUAAAAUUUAAAUUAUUGUAUAUUUGCUAAAAUAUUUAUAUUAUAUUAAACACGGCCUUAAAAUAACAAUUUUUUAAUUUAGUGGGGAGCAAGUGAACUUCAUACGUCAAAGCGUCAACUAAAACGUGCUGAAAGUCAAGCUCAAGGUCUGCUGUAUCUGGAAUCAGACAGUGAAGAUGAACACAACAUGUAUUCACACAACUCUUCCGGAUUCGGAUCUACAGAAACCGAAUUUCAAGAAGAGCCAAUGGAGAUUCAAAGAUUGAAGAGAACGGAAGGAUCCACUGCCAGUUUAAUGUCGAAUGUCAGUACCCACAGCAGGAAAAGUGGCAGGGUCAGACAUGGAAGUGGGCACAGUAAGUCUUUGUUAACCUUGUUUGAGUUUCUGAACGAAGUUAGUGGAAUGGAAACAUUUAAAGCUAGUUCUUAUGCUAUAAUAUCGAAAAAAAACAGAUGGUUUGCCUAAUUAUUUGAUCUGUUUAAAACUAAAAUUACGUUUUUAGGUAACAUUAUUCGCCGUGAAACAGCUAUUCAUCUAGACGAAGACGAUUUCAACGAUGACGAUGAACUUAUUGUACCAAAUAAAGGUUGGCAAGUGAUUAAGGAUUCAACCUUCUUUAUAAAGGUAUAUUUUAUAAUUUUUUCUUUUUGUUUAGGUUUGAAGUUGUAGUAUAUACUCGUUUCUAAUAAAAAUUUACUCAAACUCUUAUAGGCUGGAGUAGAAGCAAUAAUUGAAGAUGAAGUUACAAGCCGAUUCCAAGCUGAACAAUUGGCUUCAUGGAAUAUGUUAACCAGGACAAGUGUUUCGUUCUAUCAGUGUGUAAAGUAAGGCAUUUACUUUACGUUUUGAUGCUAAUAUCUACUAUUUACCAUAUCUUCUCAUCUACUUACGAGUAAUUUAAUAUUCUUUUUAAUAUUAACAAUAACUUUUCAGCUGGAAAUUAGCGGUUUUGUGGGUGAUUGGGUUCUUCUUCCGCUACUUCUUUUUACUUCCAUUACGAUUCACCUUCUUUAUUGUUGGUAUGAUAUUCUUGGUUAUGUCUACAGCUGUAAUUGGAGUUGUUCCUAAUGGAAACUUGAAGAAAAAACUGAACGAACGAUGUAUGUUGGCGUGCUACAGAAUCUUAAGCAGAGCUAUUACUGCAUUGGUUUACUUCCACGACUCUCAUAACAAAGCAAAGACUGCAGGUUAGUUUUUAAAUUGAAAAUAUCUUUCAUUAGCUUCAAAGAUCAUGUGUAAUAUCGUUUUUUAAAAUAUGACUGUAGCUUUCACUAUGCCUUAUACUAUAUUUUUUUGUUGUUAGGCAUCUGCGUAGCCAAUCACACAUCCCCAAUCGAUGUCCUUAUCCUCAGCACAGACAACGUUUACGCUUUGAUUGGUCAACAACAUCAAGGUCUGCUCGGAAUCAUUCAACGUGCUCUUUCCCGUGCCUCGGCCCACAUUUGGUUUGACAGGGGAGAAUCCAAGGACAGAAGUCUUGUAGCCAACACCCUGAAGAACCAUUGUGAAGAUUCAGAUAAACUUCCCGUCCUCAUCUUCCCGGAAGGCACCUGCAUCAACAACACCAGUGUCAUGAUGUUCAAGAAGGGUUCCUUCGAAGUGGGUACUACAAUCUACCCAAUUGCCAUGAAAUACGACUCCAGAUUCGGUGAUGCCUUCUGGAAUUCGAGUGAAGUCGGCUGGUUCGAGUACAUUAUGCAGAUGAUGACAUCCUGGGCCAUAAUAUGUCAUGUGUGGUACCUACCGCCAAUGACCCGGCUGCCAGAUGAAUGUGCGGUCAACUUUGCGAAUCGUGUAAAGAAAGAAAUUGCGAAAAGAGGAGGAUUGGUCGAUUUGGAUUGGGAUGGAGGAUUGAAGAGGUCUAGAGUACCAGAAAGACUAGUUACGAAGCAACAGAACAAGUACUUCCAGAGGAUGAACAGGUACACCACUUUCUCUGAAUGCGAUUCUGGAAGGAAUGAAGGUAAAGGUUGAUUCUUAUGAAAUUUGCGUCCUUAGGAUACCUAUAAAAGUGUCAAAAUGUUACUUUUUUAUUUUAAAGAAAAGUAGUUUAAAUUGAUACCUAUAACUGAAUUCUUCCCUUCAGAUGGCAUAAACAUUCAAAUUGGCGACCCAGAAGCCGACCAACUGCAACGUUCAAGUCUAGACCACGUGCAGGAAGAAGACGAAGAACAUUCCAAGAAUUUGACCGCUGAAUUGGACGAUCUCUUCGAAGACGAUCAAGAAGAACACGGUCAAGGUGAACAUUGCGUGACGGAAGCGAAAGACUUUGAACAUUCCGACGAAAAAGAAAACUUUGAUAACAAAGUGGUGGAAUCCGAAGAUUCCGGAAGCCGGAUUUCGGGGUAA